AUGGCAACUGAACACAAUGUGAACACCAUUCUCCAAACUUGUCCUCCAGAUCCAAAAGAAGCCGAUCGACAUGAAGAAGGGAACAAUGUGGAUUGCAUGACUGAGCGCCAUUUCGACGGCUUGAAAGCAUUGAUACGCUAUUGCACCCAUGGAAACUGCAGCCGAGAUGACUUAAUCGAUCGACUACUCAACUAUCUUGAACAUCUACCAUCUUAUACUUGGGAAGAGACGAUGCGAGCUUCAUGCCCUGCACUUGCUGAUUCAGUGACCUUUUCGAUUAUAUCCGGCAUUCUUCAUAUUGCGAGCAAACGUCAUGAUAGAAGGGAGCAAAUGAUGAAUGUCAUCAGGGAUUAUGGAACAAGUAUGAUCACUCGGUUGGAAAACAUCGAUACGGAAGAUGAUGAUGAUAUUGCAUACAACAUUGGAUUUUCAUUACCUUCGUUGGCCGGUUGGUUUCGUGCACUUCAACUAUCGCCCUGCAUGCAUCGUGCCAAUGACAUAUUGAACGUUUGGAGUCGUAUGAAAGCAUUCGCCCAAGAUGUCAGUACGCUGGAACGUGUUCGACAAAGUAUUCGAUAUGUAUUAUCGUGCAGGCGUGAAUCAAUACCACAAUCACAAGAUCGGUUUUUGUACUGCCAUCAGAUGCUGGAAGGAUAUUGGAAGGCUGGGAUCCCUUUUAGCAACAAUCGCAUCGUGUAUGAUCUUUUGAUACUCUUACGCAACAGCUUGGCACGCAACCUACGCCCUGAUGAUCCGCAUUUCGACAUCACUUUUUGCCAUGAUACCUUUCAAAAGCUUCAUUUGACAAAAACACUCGAGCAUUCAAAGUGGUCACAAUUGUUGGAUGUUUGCCUACCGGGGCAUGACGACGUGGAAAGGACACCUGAUUUUAUCAAAUGCCUUUCAGCCAUCUAUGUGACAUGUUUGGAGUAUUAUCAAGAUGUCAAGCGAUACACAACAAGCUCCCAACAAAAGAUCCGAAAUGAUGGGUACCUCACAUUCAUUAUGGGCUUAUGUUUGCAAGUAGCUGCCCUGGCUUCAGUGCAUCUGAAACAAGUGGAUGAAGUGCUGAUCGAGAAUAUCAAGGAAAGCUUAUUUGACACCCCAUCGCCAUCACAAGAAGAAAAAGAUGCCUGGAUCUAUAUAGCGGCUCUUGAUGCAGCAGCCAUGGUUUCCAUAAAAUUCCCAAGGAAAAAUGGUUCCAUGAUUGAUACCAUAUGCCGAUUUUUGGCUAUUCCUUCGACGGUUUUUUACUUUCGAUGUGACCCUCCCGAUGCCAAAGAGCCCGGAUGUACCAGCGUUCGAAGAUUUGCAAUUAUGCGUCUUGCUCAAUGUAUUCAGAUAAAUCAAGACAUGGCAAAAUCGCAAAUUGCAGUAUCUACCUUGUAUUCGUUGCUCAAUCAAAUGACCCAAUAUGACCAUGAAGAACAAGAACUACUUCCAGGAAGUGUCGACGUGCAAGACAUAGCGCCAAGGAAUCAGCAGCUGACCGCUGAACAACGAGAGCAGCUUUGCAUCAAUGCCUUAUCAGCUAUCAUUGGUAUUGCAGUACGACUUGAAGAGGAUGAUAUCACAAAUCAAGCAUUGUCUAUGCUCGUUUUAAGACGCCGAGUGCUUUCCAAAACGGCCACGCUUGCUCUCGUACGACAAUUGGUUGAUCUUGCACUUGUAAGCCCUAUUCCCGUAUUUGCCGACAUCAUCAACGUAUUUUCCAUCAUUGGGCGAGAAUCACUUUCCAAUCGAGAUGGCGUGGACGAGUUGACUUUUAACACGGUCAUCGAAUCCCAAUUGGAUUUGGCGCAAAGGCUGAGUAGGCGGCCUGAGCACUACGCCAAGUAUCUCGAUCACAUGUUGAUGUUUUUUGUGGAUGCGGGGAUGCUGAUUCAACAUAUACAACAACAGCAAAAAGAAAAGGACGAGUGCAACAACUGCGUGGUGGUGCGUUCAGCAUACCUGGCAAGAAUGCUUCCUGUUAUACAAGCGUUAUUGCAGCACGAUGAUUUCAACCCACAGCAUGACGCCACUGAGGAAACGGUGACCUUGUUCCGCAACAUGUGGUUUCAUUGCAUUUUGUUCGACUUUGUCGAUGGUGACAUGCGUGAUUGUUUGCUAUCCAUAGCGAAAAAGACACCUCCUUUGGUGACCAAAGCAGCAUCCGAUCAUUUGGAAAGUGAUCUCGAGUAUAAUUCAGUACUUGUGGGUAGUGGUGGUGGUGGAGGAGGAGGAUCAACAGCAGCAGCGAAUUCAGCCCGUGCUCAAUCUUUGCGACAACGUUUGACAACAUUUCUUGGUCCCAAUUGCACCUACAGUAUACGCAACAUGCCAUUUUCACAAGUCAUGUUUACAUUGGCUGUCUACCAUCUCGAGAUCAUGCGAAGUUUUAUGGGCGAUUGCAGCUUUAUCUUGCAUUAUUAUUCCAAUGAUGGCAUAGGAUCUGAGCAUUCAUACCUUGGCCAAUGUCUACAAACGAUGGUGGAUCUAUGUGUCAACACCUUUAUCAAGGAGACUCAGCAAAAGGCAGCCAACCAGGUGUUGAAUGAUCAACUUUGUACACAAAUGCAGGCUCUAUUACCCAUGUGUUGCCAUCGACUAAGACAAGUUCAUCUCUUGGCUAUCAAAGUGACCAACCGCCUUGUCAAUGCGUUUCCUCAAGUGUUUUCGGAGAAGGCACUCAUUACCCUUUUACUUGAAUUGAUCCAGCUCACUUGGUUGAGUUGUGAGGCUUGUUAUCGAGACGAGUAUACAUCCAUAUACCGUUUUACAUCCGAUCGGGCAGGGAUCACGCUCGAAUUAAGUGAUUAUCAAGCCUAUCGCCAGGAGCUAUGCUCAACACUUUACGACUAUGGGAAACGAUGGCUUAUCAAAUCUAUGGAUAUGGCAUGCAAAGAAGUGACCGGAUUGCUACAGGACUAUCUCGCAGAAUACAAACGAUUCGAUCCACAUAUGCCGAUUGAUACGGUUCAUCUUGGGAGGUCCUUGGCUUUGGAAAUUGGGAAAACGGCAGCAAAAAACCAGCUCUAUGUAGACUUUGCACCCAACGUAUCAUCGGUGCCUUUGGAUGCAUCCUCUGAUUUUGUUCAUGGAUUCACAACAAGAAUUUACCAUACUGGAGAGAUCAAUGGGAUGAAUUACGUAGCUGCAGUGGAUCGGCAUCAAGAUAAGGUGCCAACCCCAGGUAGUUUUGCAUGCUACGACGAGCAAUCCCCCUUUGGAUUUCGGAUGCUUCAGGACCUUUUGGAUGAUGCCAAGAUGGGACGACAUGUACACAUUGAUCGAUUACAUGGAACUAUGCUUAGAACAGCAGCAGCCAUUGUGGCAUUGAAAAAGGUCCAUCCUGAUUUUAUUGCAUACAUUGUGCGAAUCCCCGUCUAUAUCUUUACUGCCGAAGCCAUGGAAGUAGGCACCAAUGUAUGGAACUGGAUACUUAUCGAGUGCCCUGAAGUUGAAGAACGAUUGAUGAUCGAGAUGCUGGGGAUGUGGCAAUGGACACAACGGCACCGAAAAGGAUUGUUUUCGCCCAAAGUAAAUUUUAACGACCCGUUCGAAGAACACAUGACAUACAAGCCCUCCGACAAAUCCGAUCUUGAAAGCGUGCUUCAAGAAGCUCGGUCAUUGUUCAUACCCCACCUCGCUUGGAUCGAGUUCAUUCACAGCCGGUUCAACGCUACUCGCCAUAUGAGAAAAAACUUGACCAGCUUGUUUAUUCACUUACUUGGCAGCACGUUUCGCAAUGCACAUCUCAUGAGUACGCACUCGCUUUCAAGGCAACCAAGAUUCCAUAUGCUAUGGUUGGGUCUGAAAAUCCUAGAGACCGUCAACAUGGAAGCAUUCACAGAACACAAUUUCCGAACAUUGGUGUAUGAAGCAGCUUUUAGCUGGUUCUGCCUUCCGCCAAAGUGGCAUUAUGGGCCUCGCAAGAGUUACACGCUUCAAGAAUACAAGCUGAUGACCGAUUUCUAUCAUGCAUUGUCUCGAGAUACGCCGCGCUUGAAUCAAGUAUUGACGAGUUCUCAGUUACGAUUAUCCCAAUCAAACAUUGCAUCUGGAAUCUAUAAGUUUGUUGAUGACAAGACGCGGGAUGAUGUUUUGAAGCAACAUAAGCAAAAACGCAAGCUACUCCUGUUAUUGGUGGAAAAUGAACUAUCAAGGCUAUCCGUUUGGUGCAAUCCAUUGAAUACGGUUGGCCAUGGACAUCCGCCUUGCUUUGUCGGAAAAGCCGAGAAAAGUAUUACUACCGAUGAUGGAUGGAAAGAAAUUGUGCGCUUUGCUUGGCAAAUGGAACCAAAAUUGGCCGUCCAGCUGGGAUCGCGAUUUGUUCAGCCUGCCAUGUUCCACGAGCUUCAUCGUCUCAUUGCUAAUAAUUCAUUGGAUGUGGUGGAUUGUCCUGAUGCUCUUGUCAUAUUACUGGGGAAUGGUAUACUUCCAGGUGCAAAGCUGGAUCUAAAGUACCUUCAAUAUUGGUCUGCUGUUCCUGCCAUUACGGCUGCCAACUACUUUUUGCCACCUUUUCAAAACCAUCCAAGCAUUCUACAAUAUGCCAUGCGUGUCCUUGAAUACUACCCGGUCGACUUGGUGUUCUUUUAUGUUCCUCAGAUUGUUCAGGCUUUAAGAUACGAUGAAUAUGGCUAUGUUGAAAAGUACAUCAUGGAAGCGGGACAAGUGUCACAGCUAUUCGCCCACCAAAUCAUAUGGAAUAUGCAAGCCAACUUUUACAUUGAUGCGGAUAAGGAAUGUAAAAAGGCCGAUCCAUUAAAGCCCACUCUGGAGCGAAUCAUCAAGAAUUUGGUUGAUUCUUUCACUGGUGAAGAUCGCUCGUUUUACGAACGUGAAUUCAAAUUCUUUGGAGAGGUGACAGCUAUAUCGGGUUAUUUGAAGGAGUACAUCAAGUUUGGUCAAACCGAAAAGAAGCCGCUACAAAAACAACGACUGGAUGAAGAAUUGGCAAAGAUCAAGGUUGAAAAGGGCGUGUAUCUUCCAAGUAAUCCUGAUGGGGAAGUAAAAGAGAUUGACCGUUCUUCUGGUAAACCUCUUCAAAGUCAUGCAAAGGCCCCUUUUAUGGCGACCUUCAAGAUCCAAAAAGCGGACCAGCUUAUUGACUUGGGUGCCAUUUUCAAAGUGGGCGAUGAUUGUCGACAAGAUGUUUUGGCGCUCCAAUUGAUUGCUGUCUUCAAGAAUAUUUUCACCAGCGUGGGCCUUGAUUUGUACCUGUACCCCUAUCGAGUGGUUGCCACUGCUCCUGGUCGUGGUGUGAUUGACGUUAUCCGAAAUGCUAUUUCACGUGAUCAACUCGGUCGAGAAAAGGUCAACAACAUGUACGAUUACUUUGUUGCAAAGUAUGGGACUCCCGAUACACCGGCUUUUCAACGUGCACGGACCAACUUUGUGCAAAGCUUGGCUGCAUAUUCAGUAUUGUCAUACCUUCUUCAAUUUAAAGACCGGCAUAACGGCAACAUUAUGAUUGAUUCCGAAGGCCAUAUUCUGCAUAUAGAUUUUGGAUUCAUCUUUGACAUUGCUCCUGGUGGUAUUACUUUUGAGAGCUCGCCAUUCAAGUUGACCACUGAAAUGGUUCAAGUUAUGGGAGGUGGAGCUGAUGAACAGGCCUUUAAUCAGUUUUCUCAAUUGGUGGUCAAAGCCUAUCUUGCAUGUCGUCCCUAUGCUGGCCAAAUCUGUCAACUUGUGACCUUAAUGUUGGAAUCGGGGUUGCCAUGUUUCAAGGGUGAAACUAUCCAGCGGAUGCAGAAUCGUUUUCAGCUUGGCAGAUCCGAGAGAGCUGCUGCAGAUUUUAUCAUGUUACGUAUCAAGGAUUCUUGCGAAAAUCGACGUACGGUCAUGUAUGACUAUUUCCAAAAGCUGACAAAUGGUAAAGCUAUGCCAUCAUUCCAAUCCACUUAA